AUGGCUUCAUCUUCUCGGCGCGGAAAGGCAGUGAAGCUGGCCAGCUUCAUUUGUGCCUGGCAGCUGGCAGAGCUCGUAGGCACUGCCUUCACGUUGCGGCCGCCACAGUCGCCAAAGGUAACAGCGUUGCGAGCGACACUGGUUGGUGAAGAUGGCUCUACAUUCGAGCGACUCACGACAAGCAGGACGCCCCAGGCCAACAGGAGCCCGCGACAGGCACCAAAGGAGCAGGAAGAGCCCGUCGGGCAAGACUGGUAUGUUGGUACCAUCAAGUCCUACUUUCCAGAGCAAGGCUUCGGGUUCAUUGAGUGCCCGGAGCUCUUUGAGUUGCACCAGGCGGAUGUGUUCCUGCACAAAAACCAGGUGGACCAGCACUUGGGGAAGAGAGCUUACCCAGGAGACAAGGUCAAGUUCUUAGUCGGCAUGAACAAGGCGAAAAAGCCUCAGGCCAGAAACGUUGCCCGUUUUGUCGGCGAAUCCGCUGACACAGGGUCUUGGGUGGAUGGCAACAAGACGUAUGUUGGCCGUGUGAAAGAGUACUGGCCUGCGAAGGGCUACGGCUUCAUCGCCUGCGAGGAGACCAGAGGCAUUUUCCAGAGCGAUGUCUUCCUGCACAAGAACCAAGCUGAGGAAGCCAAUCUCGAGAAAUCGAACCUGGUGACUUUUUCUGUGGAGAUCAACAGCAAGGGCAGGCCACAAGCCAGAAAUGUCGAGCGUGUCUCGGCGCCUUCCUAUGCCAGUCGGGAGCCCUCCGCACCCGCAGAGGCGGACGUUCAGAUGGAAGAUGCGUGA